AUGGCAGGUGAAAAUAGGGACUAUGACACCAUCACAUCUUUUCUGGGGUCCUGGGGACCCUUCCAACGAAGGAUCUUUUUUGCCUUGGCCAUCAGCAUCCUCCCAAAUGGAUUUGCUGGAAUUUAUAUAGUAUUUGUCGGAGACACUCCGUCUCAUGAAUGCUAUAUUCCUGAAAACUACAACAUCAGUGAGAUGUGGAGAAACGUUACGAUUCCAAUGGAAAAAGUCAACGGUGUUGCACAGCGCAGCUCCUGCUGGAGGCUGAACCUGGAGAUUGUGCAAAGUUUCUCUCAAAACAACUCCAUUCCAAAUGUCGAUGUAAAUGUGAGUGAUAUUCCUCAGGAGCGCUGUCUCAAUGGCUGGAAAUACAGCAAAGAAAUCUACCAGUCAACUAUUGUAACAGAGUGGGACUUGGUGUGUGACGAUGCAUACAAACUUCCACUGUCCACAUCCAUUCAUUACUUUGGCGUGCUGUUUGGAACGUUGAUCUCAGGCCAGUUGUCAGACAGGUUCGGGAGGAAGCCAAUACUCUUCAUCAUGAUGAUUCUUCAGACUGUUGCUCUCACAGCACAGAUAUUCUCCCCCAGCUGGGAGAUCUUCUGCUUCAUCUUCUUCUUUGUGGGUGGUGGGGGAUACUCCAAUGUUAUUGUAGCAUUUGUGCUCGGGUCAGAGAUUCUCAGCUCCAAAACGAGGGUGUUUUUCUGCUCUCUUGGAGUCUUUAUGAGCUCGGCCGUGGGGUACAUGGCUUUGCCUGCAGUGGCCUUCUUCCUUCGUGAAUGGCGGUUGUUACUGAUUCCCAUGGCUGCUUCAGGCUUGAUCUACAUCCCUCUGUGGUGGUUGAUCCCAGAGUCUCCUCGAUGGCUGUUUUCUCAGGGGAAGGUGGAGGAAGCAGAGGCCAUCCUGAAAGAAGCCGCCAAGAUGAAUAAAGUAGAGGCCCCGCUGGAUAUUUUCACUAAAGCUGAGAUUGAAGAUGCAAUGAUCAGAAAAGAGGAGAAAUUCAACAUACUUGUCAUUCUGAAAUCCUGCAAUGUUCUCUCCAUGACAUUAUUGUGUUCACUUCUGUGGUUCAUCACCACCAGCAGUUACUAUGCUUUAGCUUUCAACACUUCAAAUUUGCAUGGUGACCCUUACCUGAACUGCUUCAUAUCAGCUGUCAUAGAAGUGCCAGCUUACUUAAUUGCCCUAAUUUUGCUCCAGUACUGCUCCAGGCACUUCUGUCAGUCCUCUACACUCCUGCUCGGAGGCAUUAUGAUCUUCUGCGUGAACCUCAUUCCAAUAGGUUCACCUGGCGUGGCUGUUUUUCUGGAGAUGUUGGGAAAGUUUGGCAUCACAGCAGCUUUCUGCGUCAUGUUCUCUGUCACAUCGGACCUCUUCCCCACUGUCCUCAGAAAUACAGCCAUGGGAUGUUGCUCCAUGUCUGCUCGCAUCGGCACCAUCAUCUCCCCCUUUAUCAUUUACCUGGGACAAUACUACAAAGCACUUCCUUACAUACUCAUGGGGAUAUUGACCAUUAUCGGGGCGAUUUCUUGCCUGUUGCUGCCUGAAACGUACAAGAAGACUUUGCCAGAGACAGUAUCCGAAAUGCAACAGAUAUGCAGAAAAGCAAAGGAAGUUGAAAAUGAAGAGAGGCCAUCAGAUAUCCAGAUUAAACACACUAAGUUUUAG